GGAUAAGGAUAUUUAUUACAGGAAUUGGAAAUGAUGGGAGAAGAAUUAUCACUUGUAAAACAAAUUAUCAAUGCUCGAGGAAAUCAAAGAAUGAUGACAAAAAAAAUGGCUCCCUUGAAGGAGCUAGAUUCUGCUCAAGAGUCAGUAAUCGAAGAAUUCCAUCAAAGAUUAGAAGGAGAAUCUGCAUACGAUAGGCUGCUGGUAAAUCAAGAUGGAUUUGUUUGGAAAAUAGAGAGAUUCCAAAGCAUAUUAGCAGGAUUUAAACAUGUUUAUGAAAGGGUAACUAUGCUGCUUCAAGUCUUAUUUAUAGAUAUCGUCUUUACUAUUAGAACAUGGCUGCCAACUGUUCAGAAUUUUUCAGAUUAGGUCCUAAUUUUUAAAUGAAA